AUGGAUGAGUUAGCGAAACUAGCCAGUUCGGUGACACCGAUCAUCAUAGGUCAGCCAAUCGAGCAAGUCUCACUUGUGGCGCACAUCGACCGGAUGGAGGAGAUAACCUUCCUGAACGACUGGAGGACGACGCUAUACGACGAGGGGAACGUCAAACGGAGGCUAAUCGAGCUCGAUUUGGUGGGCGAAGCACGGGCAAAAGCCAUCGCUCGGCUAAUGGCAUACCGGCAGCGAAUGAAGCAGAACUACAACCGGCGAGUGAUCCUGAAAUCCUUCCAGGUCGGUGAUCUCAUCUGGAAGAAAGUGAAGUUGGUCGGCGAUGUCGUCAAGCUCGAGGCACCAUGGGCGGGACUGUUUAAGGUCAUGCAGAAGCUCCGUUCGAGUGCCUACUAUUUGGAGGACGAAGAGUGGAGGCAGCUCGAGAGGCCAUAG